AUGGCAUCCCUGCAGCCCACCUGGACUUUGUCUUUGAUCCUGGUCCUGCUGUCUGUUCUGACCCCGGGAGCUGCAGACUUCAACAUCUCAAGCCUCUCGGGUCUGCUGUCUCCGGCGCUAACAGAGAGUCUACUGGUUGCUUUGCCUCCCUGUCACCUCACAGGAGGCAACGCCACACUCACAAUACGGAGAGCCAACGACAGCACAGUGGUGAAGUCCAGCUUUGUGGUGCCUCCAUGCCGUGGGCGCAGGGAGCUGGUAAGAGUGGUGGACAGUGGGGAUGGCUUCACAGUCACUCGGCUCAGCGCAUACCAGGUGACAAAUCUCUCGCCAGGAACCCAAUACUACAUCUCCUACCUGGUAAGGAAGGGGACAUCCACUGAAACCAGCAGAGAGGUCCUGAUGUCCACACUUCCUCGAAGAAACCUAGAGUCCAUCGGGCUGGGAAUGGCCCGCACAGGGGGCAUGGUGGUCAUCACUGUGUUGCUCUCUGUCGCCAUGUUCUUGCUGGUUGUGGGCCUGAUCACUGCUCUGGCACUGGGUGCUCGCAAGUGAGGAGGCUGGCCCAGAAUGGCCGCUCCAGGAAGCACAGGCUCCAUCCCUUCCUAAGUCCAGGCUCCUCCCAGGCCUCCCUGCCCCUUCCCCAUCCUGCCUUUAACCCCUGGGACCCUCACUCCCAACCUACUCAUGGCAGAGACGAGUAUUUUUCCAGUUCAUCACCUCCCCUCAGCCCUCCCCCCCAUAGCAAUUACCCUCACUCAGUGAACUCAGGCUCUACAAUAA